AUGCCUGCUGACAUCUGGAAGAGGAUGUACAAGUUGUUCAUCGACUUCGACAAGGAGCGAGCACGAUUGAUCGAGAACCGGAAGGCUGCAAAGCAAAGGAAGAGGACGUUGACGAGGAGGGUUCAGGUGGAGAUGACAUGGACUUGUCCUCUUGCAAAGUGCAGCAGAAAAUUCAACAGCGCCAGCCGCCUCAAUCAACAUCUUUGCCACCAUUUCCCCAACGCUCCCGACACCAAGAGGUUUUAUUGCAGGUUUGCUCUCUGCAAUAAGAGCUACCGAGACCUCGACCGCGCUCUCCGCCACAUGCGCAAUCUAUGUCCUCUGCGAACGAAGGAGAAUCGAGGUCCAUGGUUCUGCCAGUCCUGUGGAGCAAGAUUCGAGUACAAGAACGCAUGCUAUAGCCAUUUAGUCUAUUGUCAGAUGUACACCAAGUCGAGCCGACCUGGUUAA